UUAGUAUUUUACUUCUUUAGAAGAUAUUUAUAUCAUUAAGAAUGCUAAUCUUUUUUUUGUAACAAAUUUUGAAAAUGGUGAAAACUUUUUUAUGUCAUCCUUUUAAUAAACUAAAUUCUUUUUCGGAUCAAUAUGAAGCUACAUCUAUAUGCUGCCAACAAAACUCUUAUAUGUUUGUUGCAACAUCAACAGGUUAUAUGCACAUCUACAAUAUUGAUAAAGUGGAAUAUCCACUUGAACACAGUUUUGCCAGUUGUGGUGUUGUUUUAAAAAUGGAAUACUGUGAAAAAGAAAAGUUUCUGGUUACAUUAGAAACUAAGUUGCAGGAUUAUAAAACUGGUGUAACAUCAAAAAAUGUUUCAUGUCAAGUUCGAGUUUAUUUAAAUAUACAUUUAAGCGUAAAUCAUCGUGUUUAUACAUCAGUUGCCUAUGGAUACUCAGCAGCUUUAGAUGCAUUUGACUAUAAAUUUACUAUUGUAGAUCUUUAUUUGCCACAGAGUGUUUGUGAUAUGUCUCUUUGUAAAAUAAAGCAUAAUAUUGCUGCUGCUAGUGGAAGCAAAAUCCAAAUAUUUACAUUUGUAGAAAAGAAUUUUAUUAAACACGAUGAAAAGACUAAUACUGUAAUUGAUUUUUACCCAUUGCUGGAAGUUGAAUGCCAUUUUAGAAUUCAGUAUGUUUCAUUUUACAUUAAUUGGUUGGCAUUUUCCUGUAACAAUGAGUUGCGUGUUGUUCAGGUAUUUUUAAAUUCUGAUGAUGCAAGUAUAUACUUAGGUGAAGAUGUUUCUGAACUUUUGGACAGCAUUUAUAAUGAUCCUGAUGAUAAAAGCACUAAUCUAACCACCCAUUAUUCUUUUGAAGAUGAAGUAGUUAUUUGGAAUUUUGAUCAAGGAUCUGGUAUGGAGUUGAACAAAAAAGCAUUCAAGAAUGAACAAAUUGGUUUUGGUUUUGUUGAAGUUGAAGCACCAUAUAUUGACACUGGUUUUUCUUCAAAAGAGUUGCUUGGUUGGUUUGAAAAAAUACCUGGUCAUCCAUUAACAGUAAAAUCACAAAAUACAGAACAGGCAACAUGCAUUACACGUUUGUACAGAAGAUUCGAACUGUCUGAAAUAUCCUUUAAUGGAAUGGUAGAAAACAUACACAGUUUGCAAUGGCUACCAGUCUUUUCAAAUGAGAAUUUUGACAAUCAAACAACUGAAAUGGGCGGAUAUCAAAUAAACAAUUGCUUUAGAAUUCCUACUGAUUUGUCAUUACUGACAUUAGGGUUUUUCUUCUCCACUGGAAAACAUGGAUUUCUCUAUGACUUAACAAAAACACCAAAAAGUGUUGUUGUAUAUACCUACACAUCUGAUUGUUAUUUUGCAAAACACAGUAUUUCUUUACUUGACAUUGUUACAAAAAAUGGUCUGGAGGUCUAUUCUUCAAGGUUGUAUGCAAUAGCUGUAGAGAAUUACCAAAAUUUUAAAAAAAGUAGAAAUGAAUCAGCUGAAAAUGAGAUCAAGAAAAUCAAUUUAACAGAUUGUGAUUCAGUUUUUGAUGGUGAAACAUUAACGUCUUUUUAUUGCUAUGAUUCUAAGUAUCUUCAAUCACCUUGCACCUGGAGUGAUGUUGACUUAUGUUUGGUUGGUUUUUAUUCUUUGUCUAAUAUAAAUUUACUCCAAACAUCAUCAACAAAGAGAGUUUUUCUUGUUAAAAUUCAAUCUAAAUCAAAGAUCAAGUUUGUUGCAAAUGUUAUUUCUUGGAAUAUCUCUGUUAUGACAAAAGCAUCUAUGCCAUCUAUAUAUAGCAACAUUAUGGGUUUAAUUCAAGGUAGUGAAUUGACUAAUCCGACAGUUUACUAUCAACUAUUAAGUGAGGCUCAUAUGUUUGUGCGUUCACAUUUGUGUUAUGGUAUAGAAAGUGAUGAAAAAGAACUUUUGAUUUUAUUGAUGAAGGAUUCAGCACUUAAAAUGGCAGAUUUUUUAAUAUGUUGUGGUACCAUGUUUGCAUAUUAUUUGCAAGUAUCAGAAUUUUACAGUUUGGCUGGUUUAAGCUUUGAACAAAGUAUUAAAAGAUUAAUUAUGGAACCAAAACAGAAGUAUGGUCCUGGAAUGAUUGUUUAUUUAAAUGAAAUGGUGCUUGGUGACAAAAAAGUGUCAGGCAAAAAGUUUUUGUUAAAUGACAAAAUGCUUUGUCUUGAUAAAGAAGUUAUAGUUUUCAUUCUGGAUAUUUAUUGUGAAUAUAAACCGUUUUUGCUUUCAAAAGUUAUUUUCGAUUCUCGAAUAAACAAUAUAGAACCAGGUCUUGCUCUGGCUUAUUUAUCAAAGAUGAAGUUCAAAAGUGAUAGCAGAUUUCGUCCCUAUGAUUAUUUGUGCUAUGCUAUUUUAAAUAUGGAGCUAGGAGAUCCAACUCAAGCUGAAAAUUGUCUUAAAGAAAUAUCAGAGGAUUCUUUAGCAACAGUUUGCAUUAACCACUAUGACUUGUUGACAUCUAAUUUUACAUCUCCAAUUUGCCAGUUAUUAAAAAAAAGGUUUAAGUUUGUUUUCACAAAAAUAUUGGUUUCUCUUUUCGCUGAUGCAAAAAUUGAUGUUCCUACAAUCUUAAAUAUUUUCCAGAAAAGUAAUAAUGGGCAAACUGUAUACAGCUAUAAUGUAUGUAGAGUUUUAGAAGGAAUUCUUGAUGAUGUCAAACAUAAAGAUCAAUUCACCGAUAUUGCUAUUUAUUUAAUUGAGCAAUAUUUGGCUAGGGUGAGCAAGCGCAAUUAUUCCGAAAAACUGGAAACUAAUCAUCACCAUGUUCCAAAAGGAAAUGGUCAUUUUGCUGUUAGGUUCAAGUGGUUAGAUUCAAUGCUUCCAUUUUCAGGAGAUACCCCUUGUCCCCAAGAUUGCAUUUUUAAACCAAGCACAUUUAAAAGUAGCUCUCAGCAGGAUCAAAUGUCAUCAAAUGUAAUAAAUAGAAAACCAUUUUUGCAUAGUAUUUCUUCAUAUUCACAGUCUAAUAAUCUUGAAGAUUCUAAAAACCUGUUAUACUGUCACUGUUGCUGUUGUUGUGCUAUUCUUCUGAAACUCCAGUCUUUAUUAUGCUCAAAGUACUGUACAAAACAAUUAGUAUUAAAGGUUUUGAAAUUGUUAGAUGAAUAUUCUUUUGUGGGAAAAGAUACUUUGAUGCUGCUCUGUUGGUCGAGAACUAAUUUUAUUAGAGAGUGUGUGGUUUAUUUAAUGACAAACUACAUUGAUUUAGCUAUUCAAUGUGCUAAUGACCUUUUUGUUUGGAAAUCACAAUGGCAAACGUUGCUUCAAUAUGUUUUUGAGUUAUUAAAAAAUAAUGACAUGGAAUUGAACAAACCAGCAAUAAUUAAAGUACUUCAUGGUGUUCUGCAUCGCCUAACGCGAGCAUACUCUCCAAUUGAAUUUUUUAAUUUUUUACCUUGUGAUGGCAAUAUGCAGUUCUUCCUUCCACAUAUUCUUGAGUGUUGGUUUUAUACUCAAGCAAAUUCGGUGAAAAAAGAAAUUACGACAAAAUGUGAUUAUUUGAUAGAGUCGUCCUCUUUGUUAGAGUCGUCGUCAUUAGAAUCAUGAGAAAAAAAGUCACGAGUGUUGUGUAUAUUGACGGAAUUUAUUAAAAGUUUUUUUCGCUUUUUUUUUCUUAAAUUACAAAAUUAUAGUUGUUAAUAAUUAAGUUAUAAAAAAAUAUAAUAUAAAUAUUUAGAUUAUAAAUAUGGAA